AUGUCUGGAAUCGUGCGUCCAUCGAGGCAUCAAAGAUUACCUAGGGCUUUGAGCAGACGAUGCUUCUCUGCUACCUCCAAGACAUUUGCAGACCAUGUUCGCAUUGUUGAAGUAGGCCCACGGGAUGGACUUCAAAACGAAAAGUCCUCAAUUUCGCCAGAAACAAAAAUCCAUCUCGUCAGAAGACUCGCUGCUACUGGUCUCAAGACAAUCGAAGCUGGCUCGUUCGUUCAUCCCAAAUGGACCCCUCAAAUGGCUAGUUCGGACAAGGUUCUGCAAAACAUCUUGCAACAGCCUCCUCACACGAGUCAACCAAUCACUUACCAAUGGUUAUUGCCCAACAUGAAAGGUCUAGAUAACUUCUUCUCCAUCCAAGCUCAGAACUCGACUCAAGGAGACACUUCUUAUCCAACUCCUCCGCAGUCCCCCAGGCAUGAUUCAGGCCCUGCCCAAAACACAUCGACCCAGAACCCCAACGACAUGCCUUCUGCAACUUCUGGCGCGGCUGCUAUGGACUCGAAGUCCAGCCCCGAGCAACCAAAACAUGAGGUCUCGAUUUUCCUUUCGGCUACCGAGUCCUUCUCUCAGAAGAACACGAAUUGCAGUAUAGCCGAAUCUCUCGAGAGAUUCCAGCCUUUGAUCACUUCUGCUAGAGAUAAAGGUUUCGGUGUACGCGCUUACAUCUCCGUUGCUCUUGGUUGUCCCUUUGAAGGACCUGAUGUCGAUCCACACAAGGUUGCAGAACUAGCUGCUAGCCUUCUCGAGAUGGGAGCGGAUGAGAUCUCGGUAGCAGAUACUACGGGGAUGGGUACAGCACCUCGCACAAGAGAGCUGUUGCGCACUCUUACCGCCGCUGGCAUUCGGAAUGACGACCUGGCUCUGCAUUUCCAUGACACUUUCGGGCAGGCGAUGGUCAACACUCUUGUCGGAUUGGAGCAUGGUGUUCGAACCUUUGACUCUGCUGUCGGCGGUUUGGGUGGCUGCCCAUACUCUCCUGGUGCCACCGGAAAUGUCGCGACCGAAGACUUGGUGUAUUCUCUUGAGAGCCUCGGAGUCAAUACUGGUAUUGACUUGUCUGAGAUUAGCAAAAUCGGGGACUGGAUCACCGGUGAGAUUGGCAAGCCCAAUGAAAGUCGCGCAGGAAAAGCGACUCUUGCUAAAUUGAGACGAGCUACAGAAUGA